AUGAUCAAAUCGAUUACAGGAAACGUUAAAUUAUGUCCAGAGUUUUGCGUUUGUGAUUCCAGCAUAUUGCAGUGUAAACAUGCUAGUAUCAACAAGAUUCCCGUAAUAAAUUCCUCACCAGAUAAAUAUUUAGAAAUGAGUAUGUAUGAAAAUAGCAUUAAAGUCAUCAACCAAACCGACUUUAUAAUUUAUCCGAAUUUAGAAAUCAUGAGCCUUGCAGUUGCUGAAUUAACCGAAAUUCCAGAAGAUUUCUUUUGUUUGUUUCCUGAAUUACAAGAAUUAUAUCUGUCAUAUAAUAUUUUAACUUCCUAUAAAGAAAGCCUCUUUGGAAAAAAUACCAAUUUAAAAUACUUGUAUCUUCACUUUAAUUUAAUCGAAGAGGUUGGAAGCUCAAGCUUCUGCGAAUCGGAAGCUUUAGUCAACCUAUAUCUGCAUGGUAAUAAGUUAGAAGAUAUCAACAAUCAGACCUUAGGUUGUUUAAAAAAAUUACAAAUAUUGGAUAUUUCGUUAAAUCCAAUCAAAACUAUUCACCCUAAUUCUUUUUGUGGUAUGCAACGCUUACAUACCUUGACCAUAGAAAGAUGCGAACUUGAUGAAAUAAGAAAGGAUACCUUUGCUUGUUUAACAAAAUUGGAAACCUUGUAUCUGAAUGACAAUAACCUUAAACAUAUAUCCAACGCGACCUUCUUCGGAUUGAAAAGUUUAACAGUGCUGUACUUAACGCAGAAUUUCAUUAGCGAUAUUUCUAGCGAAACAUUCAAAUGUCUCUAUCGCUUACGAAAUCUAUUUAUCAGUAUCAAUUCUAUUGAAUCUCUUGAAAAGGGCUCGUUCAAGUAUUUAAAAAGUUUAUCAAAUCUGUCCAUAAAUACGAAUAAAAUUUCUGUAAUUGACUCUUUUGCUUUGAAGGAUCUAAUAAAGCUUAGAGAAUUAAAACUUAGCGGAAAUCCUUUAAGAAAUUUUUCUGGUUUAUUCUUACCUGACAGUAUCAACAUGACAUCUUUGUAA